AUGCAGGAUCUUCGUAUUAUAUAUUUACUUUCUCGUGGAACUGAAAAUCUAGAAGAAGAUGAGUUAGUGGAGCUUAUGUUAUUGGAAGAAGAAGAAUUUAUGCAAAGGUACAUGCAUCCUAUAUUAGAGUAUUACAAAAAAAACUUUUGCAAGAAUCCAAUGAACAACGUGUGGGGAAAUGGUUGGAAAAUAAUACGGGAACAAAUCUACAGCAAUGAAAUCUCGUGCCGUACUCUUAUUCGUAUGAGCUCAGAAGCGUUUAUCCGUUUAUGUGAAGUCCUUGAGAAAAAGUAUGGGUUACAAGAGUCGCUUAAUAUUAAAGUCGAUGAGAGUGUUGCAAUUUUUCUUGUUCUCUGUGGUCAAAAUGACACUCAACAUGACAUCGGUUUAAGAUUCGGUCAUGCCCAUGAGACUAUAGGUAGAAAGUUUCAUCAUGUUCUGGGGGCAAUGGUAAAAUUGGCAGUUGACUACUUACGGCCAAGAACUGCUUCUGAGUUUGAAGCAAUAUCUAAUAGUUUACAAGGAGAUAAACGAUAUUGGCCAUAUUUUAAUGGAUCUAUCGGGGCUCUUGAUGGAACACAUGUACCCGUAAUGGUGACUCCAGGUCGUGAUGCAUUACGAUUUGUGAACCGGAAAGGAACGGCAAGUCUAAAUGUUCUAGGAGUAUGUGAUCACGAUAUGCUUUUUACAUAUUGUUUCGUUGGAAUGGCAGGAUCAACACAUGACUCUAGAGUGCUAGAUACCGCUAUGCGCGAUGAUCCGUUGUUUCCUAAACCUCCUGGAGAAAAAUAUUAUCUCGUAGAUUCUGGUUAUGCAAAUAGACGUGGUUAUUUAGCUCCUUACCGAAAAGAAAGAAAAGAAGGUACUCGAUAUCAUCUUCAAGACUUUAUAAAUUGCGAGCCUCCAAGAAAUAGUAAGGAAAUGUUCAAUAGAUGGCAUGCAUCAUUACGUUCAGUUAUUGAACGUACGUUUGGUGUUUGGAAGAAAAAGUGGAGGGUUUUAAAUGAAUUCCCAAGGUACGACAUCUCCACACAGAGGAACGUUAUAUUUGCAACAAUGGGGCUUCACAAUUUUAUUAGGUGGAACAAAAUUAAAGAUGUUGAUUUUGAGGAAGCGACUAUGGAGAACAGUGGUGUGCAUAUGCAUCAAAGUGAGAAUGAUUCAGAUGAUGAAAAUGAUGUACGAGGAAAUGAAGAAACAUCAACGGCAGUUUAUAUGAAGAUUGUUCGAGAUCAGAUUGCUACACAACUGUGGUCAGAUAAAAGACUUGGCUCCCGUCGAGUAUAG